AUGAGAUUAUUUGAUGUAAAUGAUACAACAAAUUCUAUUAUUAAAUCUACCGGCAGAAGAAAAUACCUUGAUCUUGUAUAUGAAGAUUCAUGUACAUACUUUCAACCUUAUUUCAUGAAAGAGCGCUGUCUUUCAAAUGUUCUAAAUACAAGAAAGCUUUUCACAGAAGAACUUCCGGCUACCUACGGAGGGCAUCAAAACCACUGGCGCCACUUGGAUGGUAAAGUUGUCAGAAGACUAGAUUACUUAUCUGAUGUAUUUGAACAACAAUCUCUGAACUAUAAACCAAAUUUGAAGCGUAUUAUCAGCCUAAUUACUACAACAGUACAACCUGAACUAUUAGGGCCGAUAUCACGAUUUAAAUUAAUUCAAAUGAAACAAAAAUUGAUGAAGUGUAGUAAGCCACAGAACAAACCAAAGCAAAACAGAACUGCUACAAAACAGAAAAAAUGUAUGGAUUAUUACAAUGAGACGCCGCUAAAUGGUAUGAAUUCUGUGCAGAAGUUACUCAAUGAGAAACUUAGUAUACUACUUACAAAUGAAUAUUUAGAUGAGAUAUCUGAAAAACAGGAAGAAGCUGAACAGCUGUACGAGUGGAGUCAAUGUCUACCUCAGUUGUGA